GCUGCCCUGCCGUCGGCCACCCGCGCGCAGGUCCGCGGGGAGGGGCGGCCUACUGACGGGCCCACGGCGGGGCGUUCCUGAAGGGCGCCCUAGGCCGCCCUCAUCGCCCCCCAGAUGUACUAUGCGGUCUCCCAGGCGCGCGUGAACGCGGCCCCCGCGACCAUGCUUCGGCCCCAGCGGCCUGGGGACGUGCAGCUCGGGGCCUCUCUGUACGAGUUGGUGGGCUAUCGGCAGCCGCCUUCCUCUUCCUCCUCCUCCUCCACUUCCUCCUCCUCCACGACGGCACCCCUCCUCCCCAAGGCUGCGCGCGAGAAGCCAGAGGGGCCAGCCGAGCAGCUAGGCAACGGGCCGGGGUCCGGCGCGCACGCUGGCGGCGGUGCCCGGGCUGACGCCAAAGAGGAGCAGCAGCAGCAGCUGCGGCGCAAGAUCAACAGCCGCGAGCGGAAGCGAAUGCAGGACCUGAACCUGGCCAUGGACGCACUGCGCGAGGUCAUCCUGCCCUAUUCUGCGGCGCACUGCCAGGGCGCGCCCGGCCGCAAGCUGUCCAAGAUCGCUACGCUGCUGCUCGCCCGCAACUACAUCCUGCUGCUGGGCAGCUCGCUGCAGGAGCUUCGCCGAGCGCUGGGCGAGGGCGCCGGGCCCGCUGUGCCGCGCCUGCUGCUGGCUGGCUUGCCCCUGCUGGCUGCCGCGCCGGGCUCAGUGCUGCUGGCACCCGGCGCCGUGGGGCCCCCCGACGCGCUGCGCCCCGCCAAGUACCUGUCGCUGGCCCUAGACGAGCCGCCGUGCGGACAGUUCGCGCUUCCCGGCGGUGGCGCGGGCGGCCCCGGCCUCUGCACCUGCGCGGUUUGCAAGUUCCAGCACCUUGUCCCCGCCGGCCUGGGCUUGGCAGCGGUACAGGCUCAGUUCUCCAAGUGAGGCCCUGCCGGGGCCCUGGGCGAGAUGGGACUUCUGCCCGGCCUCCUGCCGUCCAGCUUCCCGCACCCCUGUGCCUCUGAGUCCAGGGAGAGAGGGGGCCCGAGUAAGAAGGGCAUUUCGAAUUCAUUGGCCCAGAGGUAGGGACUGUCCAGCGCCUUCUUCCCCAGCCCUACUCCCCCAGGAAAUUAAAGCACCCCCAGCAGAUGUUACAAGGAACAUCUAGGCGGUUUAGGUUCUAGGUGGAUUCCAUCCGUUUAAGGCAGAAAGUGCCCAUCACCCAGCGAGUUCUCUCUCCCUGUCCCUAGAGCUGUGCGCCUCGCAGGACUGGUGUGAAUUUUAGGAGGCUCUGUGUUCUGUUGGGAUCCCUCUGGGUGGGGCGAAAGACCAGUCCAGAGUGCGACCUCCAGGGAGCAGUCCUCCUCCAGGCCUUGGGGGGGAUUUCGAACAGCGCAGACCCGCAGAGGAGUUGUUUGCUGGAGCCCACGGGCGCACAGUUCCCAACAGCCAAACCCAAGCUUGUCAACGGAAACUACCGGACCUGGGAGGCCGAAAAAGACCAGUUAGUCCGCGCAGACCAUCGGGGUGUCGCAGUUGGACAGACCCUCAGUGGCUCAGCGUUGGCAUCGCGGUGCCGCGGGUGGGGGCGGUGACAGCUCCAGGGUUGAUGGGUAUGCGGGGGUGGGAAGUCCAUCGGCUUUGGUAGCCAGACUUGGAAUGCUAUUUUUGAGACUCGCAUAACUAGGUGUUUCGUUGCAGGGAGUAUUUGCUCUUAAAUCCUGGGGUCUUCUUCGCGUAGAACUCGAGAUUCACCUUUCGUCUCCCCUUCCCCAAAGACGUGAAGGAGGAGGACCAGGACUCCAAACCCCUACUGCUCCGCGGACCCAGCUGUUGUUAUCGCGGCCUGCCGGUGGCAUUUUCUACCCUGUCCCUCUGUCCCUCCGGCGUAUGGAAUCCUCAACCAGCACGUCCCACCGGUCGUGCUUCUCGCCGCUUUGCCGUUGAAGAAUUACAUAGAUGACCCACCCUUCUUGAUCCGUUAAGGCGUUAACCAAUUACCCAAGAUUAUUAUAUGAUUUAUCAGCAGCUUGCAUUUUUUAUACUGCAAAUUUUUAGUUGUUGGUAGUAGCCGAAUUUAACUGGCAUUUUAUUUUACCUCUAACUUUGUUCCCUUGAGCUAUACAGAAUCAACAAAAUAAAACAUUGAAAGCCUAAUUUUUA